CAGUUCAAUUUCUUUCAUAAAGACAAAUACAACUAUACAUAUUCUCCCGCACAAACCGAGCUGAGGGCUAUGACGUAAUCACGGAGCGCCCUUGAGAACAUAUGUACGCAUUAAGUAGGCGCCUGACAACACGUCCUUUCUUCCCCUCCUUUGAGUUCUCCUGAAGGUGUCGCAGCUGAACCUGUUUCGUUUCCAACUGACCGCCGGAGUUCGUGGUUGCGGGGCACCCCAUGAUCGGCACCAUGGCUGGGUCCUCACACCGCGUAAUGCUCGGACCGCUGGUUGCUGCCAUCGACCAGGGCACCAGCUCCACACGGUUCUUGGUGUUCAAUUCCAAAACGGCAGAACUCCUCAGCCACCACCAGGUGGAAAUCAAACAGAGCUUCCCCAAAGAAGGAUGGGUAGAGGAGGACCCAAAAGAAAUCUUGCAGUCUGUGUAUGAGUGCAUGGAGCGCACAUGUGAAAAGCUCACGCAACUCAACAUUGACAUCUCAAAUAUUAAAGCGAUUGGAGUGACCAACCAAAGAGAAACAACAGUUGUUUGGGACAAAGAAACAGGAGAGCCCCUGUACAAUGCAAUAGUUUGGCUUGACCUGCGGACUCAGUCAACAGUUGAGAGUCUGAUCAGCAAAACACCAGGGAGGAACAAAAACCACUUGAAGCAUAAAACAGGCCUCCCCAUCAGCACUUAUUUCAGUGCAGUGAAACUUCGAUGGUUGAUGGACAAUGUGGAUGAAGUUCACAAAGCUGUACUUUCUCACCGCGCCAUGUUUGGCACUGUGGAUUCUUGGCUCAUUUGGUGUUUAACCGGAGGCAAGUUAGGAGGGGUCCACUGCACAGAUGUGACCAACGCCAGUAGAACCAUGUUGUUCAAUAUUCACACCAUGGACUGGGACCCAGAGCUCUGCAAAUAUUUUGGUAUUCCAAUGGAGAUUCUCCCCCGAGUGAGAAGUUCUUCAGAAAUCUAUGGCCUCAUGAAAAUAUGUUCUAACUGGAAAUCAGGAGCGCUCUCUGGUAUUCCCAUUUCAGGGUGUCUUGGGGAUCAGUCAGCAGCAUUGGUUGGACAGAUGUGCUUCCAGGAUGGGCAAGCUAAAAACACUUAUGGAACGGGCUGCUUUUUGCUGCGCAACACUGGACCCAAGCCAGUAAUGUCUGACCAUGGGCUUCUGACCACUGUGGCCUACAAACUGGGGCGAGACAAACCCGCCUGCUACGCAUUAGAGGGUUCUGUGGCCAUAGCAGGAGCUGUGGUCCGUUGGCUGCAGGACAAUCUUGGCAUUAUUGGAUCUUCCGAAGAGCUUGAGAAGUUGGCCGCAUCUGUUGGGACAUCCUAUGGGUGUUACUUUGUUCCUGCCUUUUCGGGCCUUUAUGCACCGUACUGGGAGCCCAGCGCGAGAGGGGUCAUUUGUGGGUUAACGCAGUUCACCAAUAAGAGUCACCUUGCAUUUGCUGCACUAGAAGCAGUCUGCUUUCAAACACGGGAGAUCUUGGAUGCCAUGAAUCAGGACAGCGGCAUCCCACUCACUCAGCUGCAGGUGGAUGGAGGAAUGACGUCCAACAGGCUGCUGAUGCAGCUGCAGGCGGACAUUCUCUGCAUCCCUGUUGUGAAGCCAUCCAUGCCAGAGACCACCGCUCUGGGGGCAGCGAUGGCGGCCGGUGCAGCAGAGGGGCUGAGCGUGUGGAGUCUGAACCCGGACGACCUGAGUGAAGUGACGUCGGAGAAGUUUGAUCCGCAGAUCAACCCUGAAGAGAGUGAGUUCCGAUAUGCACGGUGGAAGAAAGCCGUUCAGAAAUCUAUGAACUGGGAGACCACAGAGCUGCCAUCGAAUGGAAAUGGUGAAAACAGCAUCUUCAGCAGUGUCCCACUGGGCUUCUACAUCAUGGGCAGCAUGCUGAUGCUGAUCGGGGCCAAUUACAUUGCAGGUCACAACUAGUCUGCUGGCGGCUAGAAAGGACAAAGACCUACUGCUGAAUAUGUAUUUUUUUACCCCAAAAUGUCACUCCAGAAGAGGAAAGACUGCUUGAACUGACACUUAAUGGGACUUUUCCCCCUAUUUCAUUUCUCUUGUUGAACAUGAACUACAGCAGGAGUAUGCGUCCAGUAUCAGUUUUUCUUCCUCUGCUUUAUCAGCUUGCUUACUGUCUGAUUGAUGUGAGCCAGUUUUUGUACAUAUGCAUGAUGCUUGUUCUUCACAGUUACCACCCCCCUUCCCAAAAUCCCUGUUUACUAAGGUACUUUUUAGUGCACUUUAAUUUGUGUUUUUUUGUGCAUACUAAGUCUAUAUUUUUUUCCUCAGGAAAAAUAAACAAUCUAGGAAUAUUUAUGUGGAAUACCCAACCACACACACAUUCGCUUUACUGAUUUCAAUACAGGCAUGAGCGGAAAUGAAUGAAUUUGUAGACUAUGAUACCUGUUGCUAAAAAGCGUCGACUAGAAAGCACUUGCAGUAUAAAUGUAGGUCAAUAUUUAUUAUUGUGGCACGUAACUUUUGUGUGUGUGUGUGUGUGUUUGUACCUGAAACAGAAUGUAGAGUUGGGACCUGAAGAUUUGUCAAAUUUCAGAUGGAAGCAACAUGUAUGGAGGGGAAAAAAAACAUUACAGCUCUUUCAUUCUCAUUUUUCCUCACGACAAUGCUAAACCAUAAAUAAACUUGACUCUGAUGUA